AUGCGCAAGAGGAUAUGCAACUCAUCCCACUUCAGAACGAUAAAAGGACUUCCUGUUUGUUUGGCAUAUUUUCGGUUCAUUAUGGCCAUUGUAUAUCACUGUGAAACAGCUUCUACACUGUAUAUGUCCAGAGCACUUCAGAAGAUGACAGGUUUGAAACAGAUAAGGUACUUUGACAUUGGGUUCAAUAUCUCUGAUCACAUGUUCAAAGGGAAAUACCAUGGCAAGAAGCAGCACGAGACGGAUUUAUCCAAUAUAUUGAACCGUUGUAGAUUGACUAAUGUGGAUAAGCUGCUGAUUACCGGAUCUUCACUGGAAGAAUCGAGACAUUCCAUUAAGCUUUGUAGUGAAUUUGCAACUGAAAAUGGACCAAAGAUGAUGUACACCAUCGGGGUGCAUCCGUGUCAGGUUAACGAAUUCAUGCCCAAACACUCAAAAUCGUACCGGAAAUCAGAUUCAAGCGAGGAUCUUCCGUUUGCAAUUGAAAACCAUCAGUUUACCAAAGCUAGAUUGCACGAAUUGUAUGAUUUGUGGAAACUCCAAGCAAUGACCGAUAACGAGCAUUUCAGGGCCAUUGGUGAAAUUGGGUUGGAUUAUGAUAGAUUCCAUUUCUCGGGACUGGAAAUCCAAAAGUUCUUCUUCCUGGAACAAUUGAAGUUAAGUUGCUUCUUCCCUGAUAAACCGUUGUUCUUACACAUGAGAAGCUGUGCUGAUGAUUUCUUGCACAUCUUGAAAUUAUUCAUCAAUGGUUUCAACGAUGAUAAGGAUUUAUUUGGCUAUAAAUCGUGGAUCGAUCCAAGCGUACCAGAUUCACCAAUAUUGAAUACAGACGGCUCUGUAACUUAUAAGUUCAGUGCUGCGAGGAAAUUUGUCGUUCACUCUUUCACAGGAUCAGUACAAGAUAUGGAAAUAUUACUGGAUUGCUCCCAAAAUUGCUAUUUCAGCGUCAACGGCUGUUCAAUGAGAUCUGAGGAGAGCAUUGAAAUGAUUAAAUCACUUCCUGUUGAUAAAUUACUACUGGAAACAGACGCACCAUGGUGCGACGUGAGAAGGACACAUGCUUCAUACAGAUUUUUGAAUCAAGAUGCAGAUCCCAAAAUCGAAAAUUGUUGGGAUCAUGGAUUAUCUGCUGCAUACCCCACACUAGACCAAUGGUUCAAAUCUGUCAAGAAAGAGAAACUUCAAACAAUCCCACGCGAACAAUGGGAUCUGUAUAUGGUGAAGUCUAGAAAUGAGCCUUGUACAAUGGGGCAUGUGGCGACAGCAGUUGCUAAUAUCAAACAAAUUCCAUUGAUCGAUCUAGUUGACCAAGUAUGGCAUACUUCUUGUCUUGUUUACGAAGAUUGA